UGAUGAGGGCAGUAGCGAUCAUAAUAAUGCAAAAGGUGUUUGCGAAGAAAGCAGGAGGUCAUCGGGAAGGGAAAGAAAUGGCACCGGUCGGAUUGCCUCCGGGCUUUCGAUUCCAUCCGACCGACGAAGAGCUUGUCAAUUACUAUCUUAAGCGUAAAAUUAAUGGCCAAGAAAUCGAUUUAGACAUCAUUCCUGAGAUUGAUCUCUACAAAUGCGAGCCUUGGGAUUUAGCAGAAAAAUCUUUCCUGCCAAGUAGAGACCCGGAGUGGUAUUUCUUCGGGCCCCGGGACAGGAAAUAUCCCAACGGGUUCAGGACUAACAGAGCAACUAGAGCUGGAUACUGGAAGUCUACAGGGAAAGACAGGAGGGUUAACUGCCAGAAUAGAGCCAUCGGAAUGAAGAAGACAUUAGUUUACUACCGAGGGCGAGCUCCUCAAGGGAUUCGGACCGAUUGGGUAAUGCAUGAGUAUCGGCUCGACGACAAGGAGUGUGAAGACACCUCUGGAAUCCAGGUAGUUCGUGCAUUGUGCAAAAUUGUUUCCUUCUUGAUCAUAUAUACUGACGACAAACAAAUAUGCAACAUUCCAUUUUUAAUGGAUUCGUACGCAUUGUGUCGAGUGUUCAAGAAAAAUGGAAUAUGUUCUGAGAUUGAAGAGCAAGGACAAUGCACAACAAGCCUAUCAUUAACGGAGAGCUCAUCGCAAGGUGUGCUAAACGAGUAUGAAACAAUGUCACCAGAUGUCCCAAUUGCGUCAUCAUCUUGUACUGAAGAGGAAGACAAAGACGAUUCAUGGAUGCAGUUCAUCACAGAUGACCCAUGGUACUGUUCUUCUAACAACGCUAUGGUUGGCGGUGAAGAGAUUUCUCAAGUGACUUUCACUGACUAAUCAAGGAUAAUUAUCAAGUGAUUGGUGGUGAUGAAUAAUAUGAACAGAGUUGGAUAUAUUUUUCUUACAAUAAGGCAUCGAGUACAGAAAUGUUGGUAAAAACAUUAGAGUGUUAUGCCUAAUUGGCUUAGUUAUUUUGUUUUGGUUUUUGGACAUGGUGGCCUCCCUAUCUAGCUAGAGCCAAUUUAUCAAAUGGCUUCAGAUUUUAUUUUAUUUUUAUUUUUAUUUUUUUGUUGUUGUUGACCUCUAUGUGAAGGUGAUUUGCUGUUUCUUGUGGCAUUAAAGGGCAUUAAUAUUAAUCUUAUUAUUAUUAUUUGAGG